AUGUCUCACAAGCGAUACACAAUCGACGAGGCGAGCGAAGUGAUGAAGUCGUUUAACCAGCAAAAAUACGUGGAUCUUCGCGAAAGUUCGGUAGAAAGUGACCGAAUGUUGGAGGAAAUGCUGGAAAAGCAGAAGCAACUCGUCUGGAAAUCCGUUCGAAUCGCCAGAAUCUCCCGGGAGAAGGAUCGGGCCGAAAAGACUGAGACACUGAUGGAAGAGGUUCGAUUCUUCUGGAGCAUCGAGAUGCAGUGUAGGCAUGCGGUGGAGGAUUGGAAGCGUCGGAAGCGAGAGAAUGAUCGGAAGCGUCGGACAGACAAAGUGGUGACAGAGACAUUGGUGCAGAAGAAGAGACGCAGGAAGGUUGAGGAGGAGGUGGAGGAGGAUCAGAUGGAGGAUCGGAAUGAAGAUCGUGACGAAGAGUUCGAUCAUGGAGAGGGAUGUAGUGGAUAUUAA